CGGAAACGCUACAUCUGGCACCGGAUGCAGAUAAACAGUGUACAUCCGGGUUAUAGUACUGCGAGACGCGGUAGCUUCGUUUGUUUACAGGAAUCCUCAAGGUUCCAGCACCAGCCGUCAAAAUGUCGGACGACGAAGACUUAGCUCCAACUAUGAAGAGAACUCGGCUUUUCUAUGGAAGCCUGGAGGAGAAGGAGCGGGAACGUCUGGCCUCAAACACGUGGUCAGGAAGAAGCGCAAUGAAAGCUGGAAUUGAUGCAGGCAACAUCAACAUGUCAUCAGGAGAAACUCUUGAGAUGGAGGAGCGUGUCAGCGAACGGCAGCAGGACGCUCUGGCUGAGUUUGAGCGUCGACGGCGAGCCAGACAAAUCACAGUCUCCACAGAUGAUGCCGAGGUGAAGGCUGGUCUUCGGGCUCUCGGGGAGCCAAUCACGUUGUUUGGAGAAGGACCAGCUGACCGCAGGGAGAGGCUGCGGAGUAUCCUGUCUGUGGUUGGUCCUGAUGCUCUGAAGAAGUCCAGGAAAGAUGAAGAAAGAGCGAGGAGAUCCCAGGAGGAGUGCCAGCAGACGUGGUACCACGAGGGCCCCAACACCUUGAAGGAGGCCCGUCUGUGGUUGGCCAAAUACUCUCUGCCACUGGCCGUGAAGCGUCUGGACGAAGCACGAGUCCAGAAACUGGUCCCAGAGGCGACAAAGACCAUGAAGCAGCAGGAGCUCCACAAGAGCCUGAGGAAUCUAAACAACUUCUGCAGUCAGAUCGGUGACGAUCGACCAAUCAGCUUCUGUCACUUCAGCUCUAACUCCAAAAUGCUGGCUACAGCCUCCUGGAGUGGACUCUGUAAACUGUGGUCCAUCCCCGACUGUAACCCGAUCCGCACCCUCAGAGGACACUGCACCAAUGUCGGCUCCAUUGUCUUCCGUCCACAAGCUGGGACCUCUCUCGACCAAUCAGAUGUCAACCUGGCGUCGUGCGCAGCCGAUGGUUCAGUGAAGCUGUGGAGCCUGGAGAGCGAUGAACCAGUGGCAGACAUCGAGGGUCACAAUGAGCGGGUGUCCAGGGUCUCCUGGCAUCCGUCUGGACGCUUCCUGGGAACGACCUGUUAUGACAACUCGUGGCGUCUGUGGGACCUGGAGGUCCAGGAGGAGAUCCUCCAUCAGGAGGGUCACAGCAAAGGAGUCCAUGACCUGCACUUUCACCCUGACGGGUCACUGGCUGCUACUGGGGGUCUGGACUCCUUCGCUCGUGUUUGGGACCUUCGUACUGGACGAUGUGUUGUCUUUCUUGAGGGACACUUGAAGGAGAUUUACAGCGUCAACUUCUCGCCCAACGGGUAUCACCUGGCGACAGGAAGCGGUGACAACACCUGUAAGGUUUGGGAGCUGAGAAACAGGAAGUGCCUCUACACAGUCCCCUCCCACCAGAACUUGGUGUCCUCUGUUCGCUUUCAACCCACUGACGGUCACUUCCUGUUGACGGGAGCGUAUGACAACACAGCGAAGGUCUGGAGUCACCCCGGCUGGACGCCACUGAAGACGCUGGCUGGACACGAGGGAAAGGUGAUGGGCGUUGACGUGUCACCUGAUGGGAAACUGAUCGCAACCUGUUCGUACGAUCGAACGUUUAAACUAUGGCUGUCCGAGUGAUCGCAGUGGGGAUCGUGUCAUAAACAACGAAGAGAAAAAUUAGGAUUUUUUUUAUAAAAAAAAAUAAAAUAAAAUUUUACAUACUGACGUGAAA